AUGACUGAUCAAAUAUUCUACAUUAACUCUAACUUGUCCUCUGUCUCCUGUGAAGGUUGUUAUUCAGCACCUGUGCCUCCCACAGCUGCUCCUUCCCCCGGAUACUACCACGUCCUCUACAAAGAGCACACACAAGCCCAGAUGGCCUGGCAUGGAGAGACAUACUGCCUGAUCGGAGGCUACCGAGUCUAUGGGGAUGCUCCACUGGCCUCCCCUGCAAAAACUGAGGAAGAGAAGCCAGCACCCAGGCGGGCUCCCAAGAGACCGAGAGUUCAGGAAGAGUCAGACCAAGACCUAGGGUGUCCCAGGGCAAAAUUUCCUCGCCUGAAACUGGAGCAUGGGGGAAAUUGGAUAGCCCCCCAGGAGCAUGCUGUUUGA